CGGUGACGUCACGAAGGAAUGAGAAGAAGCGCUCGCGCGCCGCUCACCCACAGCUGGAUAGUGCGCGCACCCGUACCGGUUCUCGUCUGACCCGGAAGCAGUAGUUUGUGGAAUCUGCGCAGAGCGAGCAGCGUCGGCCCAGCUGGCGGCCUGGAGCCCGGGGAGUGAUUUGCGGCCGGGAGUGGAGCCUCCCGGGUUCCCGAUGGAGAGCCGUUGAAAGGCUAUUCGAGAACUUGUACGGCAUGCUGUGAUGGUACACGACUGACGCCCUAAUGCUGCAGCAAAGGUUAGGGAGAUUAACGGCCAGAUCUACUGAUCACAUGGUCGUCUAAAGAAGCAAUGGGUAGCUGUUGUAGCUGUCCAGAUAAAGAAGCUUUUGCAGAUAACCAACAAAAUAGGUUCAAGGUUAUUAAUGUGGAUGAUGAUGGUAAUGAGUUGGGCUCUGGCGUGAUGGAACUAACAGAAAAUGAACUUAUCUUGUACACACGUAAGCGCGACUCGGUCAAAUGGCCUUACCUCUGCCUACGCCGCUAUGGAUACGAUUCAAACCUUUUCUCUUUUGAAAGUGGGCGACGGUGCCAGACUGGGCAAGGAAUAUUUGCCUUUAAAUGUGCUCGUGCAGAAGAGCUUUUUAAUAUGUUGCAAGAAAUCAUGCAAAAUAAUAGUAUAAGUGUUGUAGAAGAACCAGUGGUGGAAAGAAGUCCUCAGACAGAGCUUGAUGUCCCAAGAACUCCACGCACCCCCACAACUCCUGGUUUUAGUGGUUCAAGUAUACCUAAUGGAUAUCCACGUUACCCAUCUUUUGGUGAUGCAUCUUCACACCCCUCAAGUAGACACCCAUCUGUUGGGAGCACACGCCUUCCUUCUGUUGGAGAGGAGUCUACACACCCUUUACUUGCCCCUGAAGACCAUGUGCAUACGUAUGUCAACACAACUGGGGUGCAAGAAGAUCAAAGGCAAAGUAUACCAACACCACUCGAGCAACCUCUUUCCAAUGUGGAAGAAAGUUCAGCCAGAGAUGAACCCAGUUCCAUCCCAGAGGGAGACCCCCAUGUUAUUCUGGAACCCGAAGGAGUAAAGUUUGUUUUAGGACCAACUCCUGUUCAAAGACAAAUGAUGGAGCAAAAAAAACUGGAGAAACUUGACGAACAACAAGCUGUCGCAAAGGGUAGCAGCAGUUGCCCUAAUAACACAGAGUGGGACACUGGUUAUGACAGUGAUGAACGCCGAGAUACCCCUUCUGGCAUUAAGAUGGUGUAUGAAAAUGUUAAUGGAUUAUCUUCUUCUGGGCCAAGGAGGGGACGUAUUCCACCACCUCUCCCCACAGAUGUCCAAAAUAUUAAUAACUCUGCCCAGAGGAGAACUGCAUUAAUAAACUAUGAAAAUUUACCAUCUCUUCCUCCUGUUUGGGAAGCCCGGAAAUCCAGCAAGGAGGAGGAAGAUUUGUUAGGACCAAAGACACCAUCUAUAAAUGGAUUUCAUAAUAGCCUAGACCCCAUGCAUAAUUAUGUAAACACAGAGAACGUAACUGUCCCACUAAGUGCUCACAAAGUUGAGUUUUCUAGACGUCGGGACUGUUCGCCAACUGUUUUUAAUUUUGAUAUCAGACGCCCAAGCUUUGAACAUAGGCAGCUUAAUUAUAUACAGGUUGAUUUGGAAGGUGGCAGUGACUCUGACAACCCCCAGACACCGAAAACCCCUACCACUCCUCUUCCGCAAACUCCUACAAGGCGCACGGAGCUGUAUGCUGUGAUAGACAUUGAAAGAACUGCUGCUAUGUCCAACCUGCAGAAAGCACUGCCACGUGAUGAUGGUACUUCUAGAAAGACUAGACACAACAGUACUGACUUACCCAUGUGAGCAGGUUUAUGCCAUUUGCACCUUUUUGUGUACUUCUUUUACAAAGGACAAAUACCUGCAUAAAGAAAAAU